GGAAGCUGAGUCAGUUUCAUAGUUUCAUAGACACAGGAACCGAAGGCCUUCCGCUUAAAAACAAAUACAGAAUUUCUGCGUGGAAUGCCGUAUUCCUUGGGCUAAAUCUUGAACUAAAACGUUGGUCACUCCUUUAACUGAAAGACAGACUAACAGACGUUUAUUAACGGUAUUUUCUUGUUUCGACGACGCAAAGUUAACCUACGGUAGCUAGAAUUGAAAAUGGUUCCAAUGUUCGGAGGUACGAACCUUAUGCAACGUCCUCCUGAAAGGCCACGGACAACUGGUCAAGCCAAUAACGAGCCAAGACAACUGGACUUCACUGCGGCUAUGAACGACUUUAAACACAUGUUUCCUAACGUGGAUCGGGAAGUUAUAGAAGCAGUUUUGCGCGCUAACAACGGCUUGGUAGAUGCUACCAUUGAUCAACUGUUAUCGAUGGGACUUGACAUGGAAGGAACAUCUUCAACGCAGUCUGAUCUUCCCCCUUUACCUUCUUACAGUGAUGUGGAUCGUUCAGAACCGCCUCCAGCUUACACACCUCGAGAUCAAGAAAUUUCGCGGAGUUCUGGGAGUCCAUCUCGGCCGCUUCCUGCUAGACCUUACUCGGCAUGGAACCCACCAUUACUGGGCAAAUUGCCGGAUGAUUUUUUACGUCUCGGUCCUCCUUCAACGAGUUCUACCGGCGUUUUUGGCGACAGUAUGGGCGACCAAGAGCUAGAACGAUUUCUGGAAGAUGAAAAAUUGGCCAUGGUCUUGCAGAAUGAAGAAUUUAUGAGAGAGCUGAGGCAUAAUAAGGAUUUUAUGUUGUCAUUGGAAAAAGGUUUGUGAAUAUUCUUAGCGUGAGUUAAGGUAUGUAAUUGUUUUAUGAAGUAACAAAAUUACCAUAGACUCAAGUGAGUACUUUAUAAUUUGAAACAGGAUAUACGUGGUACAGUUUUUUCAGUUUUCAAAUUCGCCUACUUUCAAGAGGUUUUUGAUGUAUGCUAUGGAUACAAUUUCAAUUUUAAUAUCUUCCAGCAAUUGAAUGUUUCAUAAUUGUUUUCUCCUUGUCUCAGUUUCAUUAAAUAUUUAAAAAUACGUAAUGAGGAACUACCGAAAAAACCUGUUGUGAGAAUAGUACUUAAUUAAUCAUUUAUUUGUUGUUUUUUCCUUGAUGAUAGGAGAGUAACAGUAUAUCUGAUUCAUUUUAAUCUGUGCACUCCUGUGUCGAACAGUGUAUGUAUUGAUGAAAUGAAAUGCACUUGAAACUCAAAAUGAUUUUAUUUUGUUAAUCUACAGAUGGGCAAAGAAAUACAGUUCCAUCUCGGAACAUGAGUAAGUUAUAUUCAAAAGCUUCGGUUGUAAAUGUAUAUAAGUAAGUAAGUAGUUAAAUCAUGAGUUUCAGGCUAUUAUAAUAUUUAUGAAAUAUUUUGUGUGUGUGGGUGUCUUAGAUAAGCAAUAUCGCUCUUUGUAAAUGUUUGUACGUUCUCAGCAACAAAGCAAUGCUUGUAAAAGAUUGUGUAAGGGUGUUUAAUAAAGGCUGUUUCUGUUUUGCAUUGAGGGUUGUCCAAUACCACGGCUUGAUACAUGUCGUCUAAUGUAAUCACAAGUCGUACAAUUUGUCAACCAUGAAUAUUCGCUACAGAAACCAUGGAAACAAAACAAGUCAAAAGGCUGUACUGUCUAUCCAUGAAUGUUAUUAAGGAGAUGUGUUGCUUUUAGAACAAGGAAUGCUUUUGUUGUUUAUGCACUUCGCGCAUUGCUUUUCAUUAGAACAAAGGUUUCUCUUGUUAUUUGUGCACUUCACGCUGUGCUUUUAGAAUGAGGAAUAAUUUUUCUUGGUGCAUUUUACGUGGUACUUUUAGAACAAGGAAUACACUUGUUGUUUGUGCACUUCACGCAGUACUUUUGGAACGAAGGAUACUCUUGCUAUUUGUGUACUUUAUGUGGCACUUUUAGUAGUGCAAGGACCUUCUUGUUUGUGCACUUUGUGCAGUGGUUUUAUGGUAAAAAAAAACUUCCCUUAUGACAUUCAUGGAUAGAUAGCACAGCAUUACAACUUGUUUUGUUUCCAUGGUUUCUGUAGUGAUUGAAUGCUUGGAUUGACGAAUCGGUGAGAAACUGUUGGUCUCCUUAGUAAGGGGCACAAGAUCUACAUUAGAUGACUCGUACCGAUCCAUAGUAUUGGACAUACUUGUUUGCAUUACAUUAUUUUAUAUUUCAGUUUAGAACCAAGACUAGAUUAUCUCUCACAGAUUGUUGUACUCGGUAUGAUUUUAAAUGCAUUUGUACUGUCCUCUCGCACAGCACCAGUAGAAGCCCCUUCCAGAAAUGUUCCAGUCGCAGCUGGAGGAAGCAACAGUAGUAGGCAUGCACCUCAACCUCAGACUCCAACACAAGUGUUGCCUGGGAGCUCAGAGACUGCUGGAGCAGUUGGUGGACACUCAGCACCAGCUGCAGAUUCAGCCUCCCCACAUGAUGAUGCUGUCUUGAGGGAGAAGUUAAAGCACAUGGGAAAGAGUAAGCACUGUGUUUUCAAUAUUUAACCCCUAACCUCCCAAUAUCUAGUUGUUCAUUCUCCCCUCUAGCUGCUACACAUUUCCUUGUAAAUUAGUUCAAAGAAUUUGGUAUUAGAUCAAGAUAACAACUUCUACCUGAUAAGUUUGAGUAUUCUCAUAACCUGUUUGCUGGAUAAUGAAUGGAUAUUAUAAAGGGAAGUUGCAUGUUAAUCACUAUUGGGAGUUAAAGGAUUAAAGAAGCAUGGGGCUGGACAGAAAUGACUGAAGAAUUUUUCACUCCUGGAAAAAAGCCAUUGUUGAUCCUAUGCGUGCUAAAGAAAUUCCUGUGAGGAAUCAAACAAGCUACAUUACAGUCAAACCCCUAAGCAGUCACCCUUGGGGAAUGUUGGGGUGACCCUUUAAUACAGGUUGAGGGCUGAAUCCUUUAACUCCUAAGAGUGACUAGCAUCUAAUUUCUCCUUACAAUAUCACCCACAAAUCACAUAUUAAGGUAAUGAGAAUAAAGGAAAUGGUCACCCAUGAGAAAACCUCUGGAUUAUGAAACAGAUUCUCCUCAUCAGCACCUUAGAGAAUGUAUAGGGAACAGUAUGGAGAAUAUGCAUACUGAUGUUAGUUUGUAAAGGGUUAAUACAGGUUAACCGGCAAAUUACAUGGGUGAUGUUUUUAUAUAAUACAAUCAUGUAGUUGUCCUAACAGUCCAAAGAAGAAAGAUAAUCUGCAAGACCUGGCAUAAAUUCAAACUUAAAGUGCUAACACUGAUUUUGAGAAUAAAUUUGACUCAAGAGAUUAUUUGUAGUUCUGCUUUAAGUGGCUUAUCAGUAAAGGUAUGACUUAGUCAAGGGUGACCACAACUACUUUAAAGGGGUUGACUGCUUAAAAAAAAAAGUAGUUCAAAAUUACAAUACUUAAGAGGGAAAAAUUUUGGAACUUUGACAACCAACUGUUUAAUACAGGGUGACUUAAUACAGUGCUUCUUAAUACAAGUUCAACUGUACAUGUUUUUUUUUUUUUUUUUUUUUUUAAAUUCUGUAAUAUGUUAUUAAUUACUUUUCAUCAUUUUGCUAAUCUUUAGGUACAAGAAAGAAGUUUGACAAGCUGGCGCGAAUGUUUCACAGGAAGAAUGUUAACCGAACAAAGUAUCCUUUACACAGGCAGAGAGAGUUGCCACAUUUUUUGUUAGUGUAUUCCUUAGUUUAACUCACUUUUCAUCCAGAUUGUGAUAGUCUUCAACAAGAUAUUUGUGCUGGAAAGUUUAUUAAAAAUCCAAGUUUGUUGUGAGACCUAUAAAGUUUGUCUGGGCAACCCUAUUCCUCCUUGCAAUGUUGGAUAUUACUAAAAUUCAAACUUCAGUGUUCAGCAGUGCAUUAGGGAGGAGAGGGGAAAAAUUCACCUAUAGCAUAACCCCUUUGGAAAUAAUAAUAAUAAUAAUGAUAAAAGUAACUCCUGAGUUUGACUCCUAAUGAAUGGAUUGGAAACAUGAGUAGUCUGUGGUGUUACUGAAAGAUGCUAUAGAUUAUGUUUCUUAACCUUGAAGUCUCAUUGCUACUGGUACUGCUGCAUCCACUGCCAACCUUCUGGAAGGUUACAAUGAUGAUGACGAUGAUGGUGGGUUUAUAAUCAUGAGGUGUAACUUUUUAUGUGUGGUUCCUUGUUCUUUGAUUGACAUGGGCAUAACUAAUUAUAUUUCUAAAGAUUGCUACAUAUUUACUUAUCUCUUGAAUAAUUUGUAUUGUUUUGUUCUUUCUAACCACAGAUGAAAUGCUGAAUGCCAUGGGAUCGGCUAGGCUGGAAAUUAUGGAUGAGAGAGAUGAGGACAGUGAAAUAGAAAAAUCACCUAAAAAGACUGCCUCUCAGCAGAAGGUAUGGACAGGUUACUUGUUGAUUUCCAAAGUGUUGUUUUGUAUCCAAUUUGAUGGGUUUUUUUAAAAUUAUUUUAUACAUGUUUGUGCAGUGUGCAGCACUAUUGGUAUUUUUGGGUAGGAAGAGGUACAAGAAGAGUGUUUUGGUGUUUACCCAUAAUUACCCCAGCCCACAUUGUGCUCAUUUGUAUUUAUUUGCACUGGGACCUAGAAUAAUUAUAGGGGUUACCCUUGUUUUGACAGUGACUACAAACUGUGAAUUUCUUUCAUAGAUUUUGAGAUGGGGAAUUCCUGGUGCAUUUAAGCCCUCUUGAAAAGACCAAUAGUGUAGCCCUGUUUAUCAAGACUCAGUGAUCAUUACUAAUAAUUCUUAAUACAACAAACUGGCUUGUCCCUAAUUACAAGUACUGUAGGGGGUCAAGUGUAGGACUCGUUCACUGGAGAAUCUUUCCCACUCUCCUUAUUCAUGUGACUCAAACAUUCGAUUAUAUUUUACAAAUCUAGUUAGUAUACUAAACUGAAGGAUGACAUAUCAACCCUUUGACUUCUGAGAGUGACUAGCAUCUAAUUUCUCCUUACAGUAUCAGUGGCAGAUCUAGGGGAGGGGCCCAGGCCCCCCUUAUUUCGGUUAAAAAAAGAAAAGAAGGAAGAAACCCCCCCUUAGCUCAAGGUCUGGUUCUGCCACUGAGUAGUAUCCCUGAAUCAAACAUAAAGGUCAUGAGAAUAAAGGAAAUGAUCACCAACUAAAGAAGCUAUUGAUUGUUAAACAAAUUCUGCUUGUCAGCUCCUUAGGAGAUGUAUAGAGAACAGUAUGGAGAAUAUGUAUACCGAUGCUGGGGUCUAAAGGGCUCAUAUAAUAAUACUUAAUUGAAUUAUUUACUCUUUCUUUUCAUGAAGCCACCAGAGGCAGAACAGAGGAAGGCAGCUGGAAGUAUCGAGCCAAUAGUCUUCUUCUCUGACGAUAACGAGUUUCAAUUUAAACAAGAAAACUAGAAAUAUAUAUGUAUGUAGUGAGAAAAAUUAUUUCAACUGUCAUUCAGGUUUGUUACAGGGGGCAGAAAUUACUACUUUUGGUGUAAACAGUGCACACCCCAACCUAAAUAAUGAAAGAGUACAAACCUGGAGUACUGUGAUAAUAAGUAACCGAGACUUAAUUUAAUGUAAGUGUCACGGCUGACUCAGAAUCUGAGUACCACGCCUGGCUGAAGGAGAGUGCAUGCGCGCUAAUAGGAGGGAAGGGGAUGGAUGAGACUGAGGUGAAAAUCCGAUGAAAUAUAACAUCGGGAUGAUUGAUCUUGAGGUUAAUAUUAGUUGGGUUGAAAAGGGAACACAGGUACAGCUCCAUCAUGGACGAGAAUGAAAGGUUUGUGUGUUGAAAAAAAAAGCAUUUUCAUUAGCGUUGCAUCUACCCCCCAACACAGUUUCCGAAAGUUUAUAAAAAGGCUGUGGAACAAUAUUUCGAAUAAUUAUCCUACAAAACAACAAUCAUUAGGACUGGUUCAUUUGAUCAGAUUUGCCAAAGCUGACAGAGCACGAGAGCAUUUGAAUUUUUCUAAUGAACUAACAAACUUACAGUCAUACUAGCAAUAUUAACAAUUAUUCACCACUUUCACAGACGCUAAGGUGAAUAAUUGUUUUAUUAUAUACCACACAGAUACCAAAAACUCGGUUCAUUUCUUUCACUAUACCGAAAAAUCGUCAGAAAUUAAACUCUUGACGGGCGACUCGGUCUCAUCACCUGCUGGGAUGUGAAUAGUACUUGCUAUUCACUUCCGAACUAGCCAAUCAGGGAAACAAUGGGAAACAAUGAUGUCACUACUCAUUGGAUGCUUUGGUCAUUCUCGUUUCCUGUCGUCUCCGUUUCUUUUGCCCACGUGAUCGGGGAGACGGUCAGUGGAAACGUGUGGCUCGGUAGACGAAAAAUAGUGGAAUGAGCAUGUCCGAGAAUGCAGUCAAGCGUUUCGACGGUCGAUGACUUGUGACGUGGACGGGAAAAAUUUCCUUCGUCUCCAAUACAGAUGGGAAACUUAACACGAGUUUAAAAAGUGAAAGGCUUAAUUUUUGGUCUUCGAUUUAGGGUUUUUUUAAAUUUUUAUCUUAAAGUUCGUCCUAUGCAGUGUUAACGGGAAUAUGUGUGUUGAAAGGAACGUGUUAUGUUAAGUUGAACCAAGGGAAUUGUCCCCGUUCAGUGUCAAUAGUUAAUAUGUACACGUAAAUUGCAAACUAUUUAUCCAACUAAUUUAUAAGCGGGCAACUCUGGGAAAUGAAAGUCUGCGGGAAAGGCAUACACCCAGGGAUAGUUUAUAUAAAUCAUUACAAAUGAUUAUUCUGAUACAUAGAUAAAAUUCAGUAUUAAAUUUAGAUUUGUUUGAUAAACCUUUCGAAAAGUAUUAACUUUUUUUUCAACCAACAUAAACAUGGCAAUAUCAUGGCAGAGAUUACGUUUCAGGAGGGUAGUGAACUCGAGGAUUUGUACAAUCUUGUUUAAGGCUGGGAAUUCGUUGGCGGUCAUUGUCUUAGGUAGGAAUCAUAGGUAUAUUUUUCGUACAAAAGUACUUGUGUUCAAUCACAAAUGUGGCAAUAUUAUAAGCUGCGCUACUCGCUUACUAUUUGGCAAAUACAUUGAGCGUUACUUUGCGUCUGUUUAGUAAUCAAAGUUGACGCCAAAUGUGGAAACAAAAUGUAGAGACAAAAAAUAUUUGUUGUAUGAAAUGGUGGCAAAAUCAGCAACUUACUUCAACCUUAAGGCUGCUCGAUUAAACAUUUUUCAUUGCAUAACUUGGUAGAUUUUGAAGUAAAAAACUUUGUCACGUACAACAAUAAAUAAAAAAGAGAAGCGAAAUGGUACGGAUAAUGAUAUCUUGUACUCGCAAUUCAGGCUCACUAGAUCUUAUAUCCCCUGGAAAAGCGCACCCGUCUUUCGAGAAUUCCGUAACGUGAUUAAUGGCAGCGUUAAAGCUCAUUCAUUUUUUAUUCACCCUCCUACACAAUCUCACUUUAAAAUCUUUACAUAUUUAAUAAGUGCGAUGUGGAGGCGUUGAUUUUACUGUGUUACUAAGAUUCUGCUCACAGUCGUAAACACGUGCAUGGGGAUCACUUGACUUGACUUGUAGUCAAUGUAAAUAGUUUUUCUCUGAAAUAAAUCAAAAGAGCAACGUCGAACCAUACAUGUAGUUUCAACCUUUAACCAUCUAAACCCGAAGAGUGAGUAGCAUCAAAUUUCUCCCCACAAUAUCACCCCUGAAUCACACGUUAUGGUCAUUAGAAUAAAGGAAAUGAUCACCAACGAAAUAAGCUUUUGAUUGGUAAACAAAUUCUCCUGGUCAGCACCUUAGGAAAUGUAUUAAGAGCAGUAUGGAGAAUAUGCAUACUGAUUUUAGGGCGUAAAGGGUUAAAGAGCGAGGUGGAACCGCUGGGGAUGGUUGGCUGAAAUGUAACACCUUUG